AUAAAUUAGCGAAAUCGGCAAUAGUGAUGUUUCACAUCUACUGCAUUUUGGCUCCAAUGAUUAAAGCAUUGUUUACAUCAGCUCUCCGGAUUCUUUGUCUGUCUUUUACUGUAGGCAUAUUUGCGAUGCUUGUGAAGCCGGGAAUCUUUCGGCAUAUCAUAUGCCGCAACAGUGUAUAUCCACGCAGCAACGUCCAGCGCUUCCCCGUGCCAGAUGAGUUCGUCUUUUGGGCAGAGAAUUAUGCAGAGUAUGCCCCGCCUUUCUACACAGCGCCGCACAUAGGUGGCCAGAGCUGGGCAGAUACUCCACUGCCAAGUGAUGGGGCUCCACCGCAGUGGAACCAUAAUGAUGGACAAGUAAAUCGUGUUUCAUUUCAUGGUGAUUAUCAAAUCAAAGAUGGACUGCCACAAAACCCCAUUGGGCGCACUGGGCUGCGUGGGCGUGGGUUACUGGGCAGGUGGGGCCCUAAUCAUGCAGCAGAUCCCAUAGUAACGCGCUGGAAACGGGAUGAAAAUGGCAAAGUUGUCAGUAGCUCAAUCAGUGGCAAAAAAAUACUACAGAUGGUUGUCAUACAGCGCUCGGACAAUAAGCUUUGGGCGAUUCCCGGUGGCAUGGUGGAUCCCGGGGAGAAUGUGAGCGUGACGCUCAAGCGCGAGUUUACCGAAGAGGCGCUAAAUUUCUCCGACAAGGGCAACAUGGUCGAACAGUUCUUUCAGCACGGCGAACACAUAUACAAUGGUUACGUGGAUGACUUCCGUAAUACCGACAAUGCGUGGAUGGAAACGACAGCAUUGAAUUUUCACGAUGAGAACGGUACCAAAGUUGGACAGCUGCAGCUGGAGGCUGGUGAUGAUGCCACAAAUGUGCGUUGGACAGAUAUAGAUGCGAGACUGAAAUUACAUGCUAAUCAUGUCGAUAUUGUUAAGGAAGUAGUUAUUAAGCAAGAUGCACAUUGGUAGUUGAAUAAUACAGGACUGG